AUGGAUGCUACUCUGCUCUGCAAUCUCAAAGGAGGUACCAGAGAGGUGACUCUGAGGCUUCGUCUGCUCCAUAUGUGGUUUGCCAAGAAUCCUUCUGGGACAAGGGUGUUUAAUCACUGUUGCCUCUGGGUGGAUCAGACGGUAUGCUCAUUCAGAGCCUGGCUGAUGUCUCUAUUGGGUCUGAAUUUGAGCGUGUGCUACGCGUGGGAGUUAUCUACGUUCUUAGCUGAAUUUCCAACUGAUUCCUUUGAGGUUGUUCCUUAUAGUGAGCUGUCUAACCGUUCAGGGGACAAUCGUAUCCUUGCAGAUGUUGUCGGCCGUCUUCAUUCUAUUAGCGGGAUUGAUCAUCAGGUUACUAAUCACGGCUCGACUCCAAAACAAGUUCUGGUCCUUGAGAAUGCACAGGGCCAGAGAGUGUCAAUCACACUUUGGAAUGAACUGACGGCAGUCCUUGAUCGACCUGCUUUGAUUCAGGCGGACUCCAUUGAGCCAGUGAUCGUUGGAGUUGGGGGGCUCAUGGUUGGUCGUUUGAUAGCCGGUGAAUAUUCCUGUUCGAGCUCCUCUGGAACCCGAAUAGUUGUUAGCCCAAGGAUACCAGAAGCUUACAGCCUCGCUGCUUUUUUUGGUGGAUCCAGAGUUCCUGUUGCUGAUUUACCGGUCAAGUUUGCAACCCCAGGGGACGCUGUUGCUGAUGCUGAGCGGAGAACCAGGACCAUAGCUGAGCUUCUUUAUUUGCACCAUAGCGGUGCUUCUGUCGAUGAAAAGCAUCGUUGCGGUGGUAUAAUCCGAUCGGUUGAGUCCCGGAGCCCGUGGUAUUACAUGUCAUGCAACAUGUGCAGAAAAAAGUGUUUUGCGUGGCGAAAUGGUAACUACUGGUGUCCUGACCAUUGGGAGAUCACUGAGCAGCAAGUGACAAUUGGCUACAAGAUCCAAUUGACCCUGCGUGAUGCCACUGACGAGACCCCUUUCAUUUUUUUCGGCCCGUGUGGGAACAAUUUGGUGCUCACAUCUGCCCAACUGCUUGCCCAGAGAUAUCCUCACAGGUAUGGCCAGUUGCCGCCUGAACUUGAGGCUUUGCUCGGCCAGUUUGUCAGGUUUGAGGUCAAGCUUCCAAUGGUUGGGUCAAGUGGAGUAUCUACGGGUGAAUUCCGUGUUUUUCGAGUUAUGCCCCGUGAUGUUCAGGGCCCAGUGCUUGGUCUUACAGGAGUUCCAGAUGUCACAGGCAGUGUUUCUUCGUCCCAAACCCUAAGUCAGUCCUAUUCUGGUCAGGAAGGAAUGUUGAUGUUGCCUGCUCCAGGUGUACCUUUCGCAGCUUCAGCUUCUGCUGUCAUACCAUCUAGCUCAUCCAAAGGAAAGGAAAAGGUUGUUGACUCAGUGUCGCCUGGAGGCACGAAUCCAACAUUCCAUGUUGGCCAGGUUGCAGGGUUGCCUCUUAGUUCAUCUCAAGUGCCUUUGGUCAUCAAGGAGAAUGCUGUUGUGUCCGACGUGAUUUCGCCAAAUUUACUGCCUCCUGUUUCAUCUAUUGCACCUUUGCUUUCUGUUGCUGAUGUGAAAGGAAAAGGACCAGGUCCAGGGGCGACUGUUGUGGCAGCUCCUUUUACCAUUGCAGAUCCUUUGAAGGUCUCUAAUAUCCAAUCAGUUGGUGUUGUGAAAGGUGCAGUGGGGACUCCUGGAACUCGGAGUGAUGGUAUGGAUGUGAUGAGUUCUACUAGCCAGGGAGUACAUGGAUUGUCAUCCAUUGCUGGGCUGAGUUCUGAAACUCCUCAGAGUAAAAUCAGCAAGUCAUCUUCGGCGGUUUCGCCUUUGUCUUCAAGGAGUUUCUUGAUAUCACCUCUGGCUAAGGUGAAGAUUGAGAAGCUGGAAUCUUCUGGAACUGGAUCUCCUAAUGUGAGGCAGGAUGAUGAGCAAGCAGAGAGUUCGUCCCCUUUUUCGCUUGCUGACCAAGCUUCACACCAGGCACCUGGGAAGCCUUCUGCUGCUAAGCGUCGCCUGUAUGAAUCUUAG